AUGACAACAUGUAUGUACUCCGACCCCCCUGAUACCCCACAAUACCAACAUACAACCAGGCAAGAAUUCUACGUGCGGUUCAAGGGCCCAGAAGAGACGCCAUUCACCGGAGGCCAUUGGAAAAUACAUGUCGAGCUGCCCGACCAGUACCCAUACAAGAGCCCGAGCAUUGGAUUUGUGAAUCGGAUAUUCCAUCCAAACAUUGAUGAGUUAUCGGGCUCAGUCUGCCUCGAUGUGAUCAACCAAACAUGGUCCCCGAUGUACGACAUGCUCAAUAUCUUUGAGGUCUUCCUCCCUCAGCUCCUUCGCUACCCGAACCCGGCCGACCCCCUCAAUGGCGAAGCAGCCGCGCUGUUAAUGAGAGAACCCAAGGCAUAUGAGGCCAAGGUGAAAGAAUAUGUUGCCAAAUACGCUAGCAAAGAAGCGGUGGAUGAGGCCGGCGAGGAUACUGAAUCUGAAGACGAACUAAGCUCCGCUGGAAGCUAUGAUUCCGGCGGUGAAGAGCCAGCAGGCACCAUGGACGAUGUCUAG